AUGGCACCAAUCGAUCUCCUCGAGACAGUGCACUCGCUGGCCAAGCGAUCUGACGACAACAUCGCGGGGAUUCCUAAAGGGCUUUUGGUCAUUCUCAUCAUGAUCAGCGGCGGCGCACUCGUCGUUGUCAUCUACGGCCUCGCUCGUUUCAUGUUCCCAGAGAAGGAAGGCAUGAGAACAGUAGGGGCAGAACAAGCCGACUACAUGCGCGAAGUCAGAGUGAGGAACUUGAACAAUCUGAUGGCAGACUAUGCACCGAGAGGGCCUUAUCGGCAACGGCAGUCAAACACUAGAGUCGUCAAAUAG